AUGCUUGAAGCUUGUGGAUAAGGAACUUAAGAAUAACUGAAGGAGAAUUAUUUGUUUAAAGGCAAAAUUGAAAUAACUUUGAGUGGAUUUGAUAUAUAAAUUGAUAGACUACUUAUUUCUUCAAAUGAAUAGUUUUUGGCUCUAAUUCUCUCAAGAGGAUACAAUAAUGUUGAAGAAAUGCAUAUGCUUUUUAUAAUAUAUGAUUUAAAUACUACAAAAUAAAUAUCGCUAGGAUCAUGGACAAGUCCUGGUGCAUUAAAUAACAGAAUUUAACAUGAGUUUGAUGGCCAUUCAAAAUUUUUUAUAUAAAUAUAACAAGACAUGGUUAGUAUAGUUAAUCUCUAACAGAAAACUUUGAAAAAUUUCUUAGUUGUUGGUGUUUAGAAAUUUUUAGAUAUUGAUGAUGAUAAUUAAAUAUAUUUAUAGUUAUUUUAAGAUGGAUGUUUAUGUGUAAUUAAAUAUUCAAUCAAUCAAGAAUAGAUAAUGUCUUACUUUGCAUUUGGAAAUAAUAUUAACAGCUUGAAAAUUAUGCAAAAUUUUAUUUUUAUAUAGGAAAUGAUUUUGGACAGUUUUUAUCUUUGUUUAUAUCAAAAGAAAAAUAAAAAACCUUUUUUCCCAAAAAAAAAAAUAAAGCUUAAGAGCCUAAAUAUACAGGAUUUUUUUAUUUUACAGAACUAAUUUUUAGUAGAAACAUACUAAUAAGAAGAAGAAAGGAAGGAGGUUCGCUUAAGAGAAAUCAGAUCUGGAAAAUUAUCAGAAAGAAUGAGGAUAUUGGCGGGUUGUUUUAUCAAUUGGUAGUAGAUAAAAAUGAUGCCUUUUUAUUCUUGGAAGAUGAAAAUUAUAAGAUAUAAAAAUUUGACUUCCUCAAAGGCAAAAUGA